AUGCAUUCGUCCAUCCUGCUUUUCAUUGCCCACUGCGGCCUUACGGCUGCUUCUGGCUCUGGCCCGUAUCCAUGGAUGUAUGGCGUUCCCGACUUUCCAGACCUUGACAUGAACGAAAUGAUGACCGAAGCCGAUAUCGAUACAAUGGUAUCUGCGGCUGAGAACGAUUCAACGGUAGCCGCGACAGCACAAUCUUCGACUUCGGCUGCAACGUCGGCCACAUCUAGCCGGGAACCAUGUGCUGUGAUCAGCAGUGCGAUGGCAGCAAUGCCGGCUGGGGCCAGGACGGUCAUCCCGGCCGAACUGGGAGUCCAGUGUCUGCGAUCUGUUCCUCUCGAUAAGGAGGGCGACAUGAGAUUGAUUGACGACCUGAAGCUCUAUGUAAAAUGGCAGAGUAAUAUUGCCUACCUAAAGGAUCCUCCGGCUGAUUACACCGAGAAACCAAUCGAUAUCAUGGGCGAACUGGACAGAAUGAAGAACGAGCUUGCUUCGAAUGGAUUCAGCAGCGAGUAUGAGUUCCAGCUGCAGUUAAUGUCUCUGGUCGACCGUAGUUACGACAACCACUUCGCAUACCAGCCGGAUAUUCUUGCCUCAGCAAUACAGUUCCAGAGACCACCAGGCACUGAAUUAGUCUCUGUAUCGACGGAUGGCAUGUCUGUCCCUGAAAUUUUCGCAUACAGGGAUAUCGUCAGAGCCAGCAAUGACACCUCGUUCAAGCCUUCUGCAGUCAGGAUGAUUGAUGGAAUGACAGCUCAGAACUACCUCGCAAACGCCUCUGAAGCAGGUGAUUUUCACGAUGCAGAUGUGCGGUGGAACGCCAUGUUCCCUUCCCAAGCUCUCAUCGCUUCAGGGACCACUUUCUUGGGUGCUUUUCGAACGGGCAUGUACACCGGGCAGCCAAACACUACUCUGCAAUUCGCCAACGGCACGACGUUUUCGAUGUUAAAUCUCGCUGUCGUCACUGCAAACUUUUCAGGUGUCAACAAUGGUCAAGACUUUUUCCGAAAAUUUUGUUCUGGUCCUCAGCCAGUUCCCCAGGCUCCGGGUCAAACCCCAACAACACCCACAAACAGCUCGCAACGUGCUCAGCCCGCACCGUCACACAUUGGCUACCCGAAGGCUGUCAUGAUCAACCCGAGUUUGGCUGUGGGAGGAUACUAUCUUGAUGGAGCUGGCUAUGAGAAUACGAUGCGUGACUUCAUCAGGAAGUCCAAGACUGAUGGCAAGACGAAGCUGAUCUUCGAUCUCCGAGGCAACGGUGGAGGCAAUGCAAUCCUCGGCUACGAUACCUUCAAGCAGGUCUAUCCACAAGCUGAGCAAGAGCCCUUUGGUGGUACCCGAUACCGCGCCAACGAAGCCCUGAAUCAAGCUGGAAAGAUCACGCAAGACUUUCUUGCACGCAAGACGUUUGCUCAGUCAAACAAGACCGUCUUUGCGGACGCAUUUGGACAAGGAGUCACCGAAGACGACAUCUUCAGUUUUACAUCGCCCUUCAACUACCAGCACACACUUGACGCCAACAACAAAGCCUUCCGAAGCUGGGAACAACUUUUCGGUCCUGACGAGUUUAACAACGACACCUUCACUACCACCCUUCGCUACAACUACUCCGACAGUAUCUCCACUACGUACGAAGGCUUCUCCGUCAUCGGCUUCGGUGCAAACCUCAACGAAACCAAGACACCCCAGCCUUUCCAGGCUCAAGACAUGGUCAUGCUCAACGACGGCAUGUGCUCCUCCACCUGCGCCAUCGUCGCCGAACUUCUCAAGAACCAAGGCGGAGUCCGCACCAUCGCCGUCGGCGGCCGUCCCCAGCCCGGGCCCAUGCAAGGCGUAGGCGGCACCAAAGGCGCCCAAGUCUUCUCCUGGGACGACAUCCAAGUGCGCAUGCAAGCCGCGUUCUUCCUCGGCUCAUCCGCCCAGCGCGCUCAAUGGAACAAGACGGACCUCGGUCGCACCGCCUUUGCCACGCAACUCUUCACGCGUUCUGCAUACCGCGGCGGCCAGGUCGCUGGUGGGGUCAAUCUCAAAGACAACCUCCGCCAAGGCGACGCGACCAAGACUCCGCUUGAAUUCGUGUACGAGGCUGCGGAUUGCCGCAUGUUCUUCACUGCGCCGAUGAUUAGCGAUGUCACUCAAGUGUGGAAGGGGGUCGUGGAUCGCAUGUUCAAGACUGAGGGAAGCGCGAUGUGUGUUGAGGGAAGCACGAUGGAUAAGACCAGUGUUAGUGGUGGAGGGCAGUUUAGGGGUGGAGAUGGCAAGAUCAAUCCUGUUGCGGGCGCGGCGACAGGGACGGGUGGUAGUCGUAGUCCGGCGCAGUUUGCUGGCGCGGCGAUGGGGCGGGCUGAGGAGCGGGUUUGGUGGUUGGGCACGGUAGUGGUGAUGGCUGUGGUUGCAUUGAUGUAG